AUGGAUACAUUUGCUCGUUUUCGUGAUAUUAUUGAUGAACCCAAAAAAAUUUGUGGAUUAUCAUUUAAUGAGUAUGGUGAAAUUAUGGAAAAUGAAACUGAAAACCAAGUAUUUUUAAAUUCAAAUAUUUUAAAACAAAAAAAUAUUGAAAUUGAUUUGAAAAAAAAUUUUGAAUUUUACAAGCACAGGGUUGGUGAAUUUAAAAUAAAGUUUCGUUCUAACAUGAUUUUGAACUUUCAUAAACGUGGAGAAGGAAAAUUUAAGAAAUUUUUGAAUGGUGCAGAUUUUUUUUUUACUCGUGGAACACUUUCAGCUAUUAGCAACGCUGCUAAAGAUCAUCUCUCAAUUUUGGCAAUUAUAAUAGAUGGUGUAAUUGUUGUUGUUAGAAAUGAAGAAACUUUUGUCCCUGAUAAUUAUUUAUUUACUUAUGCUGGUCUUAACUUUGAGACUUUCAUUACAUCUAAAAAUGGAAAUAUUACUAUAAAUUAUGAUAAAUUAGUUAGUAAUUGGGAACAAUACAAAGAAAUUUAUACUACAAAUAUUUAUUUGUCGAAUGGUGAAAGUAUUAAGAUAGCAUACUCUUGCGAAAUAGAUGCUUUCGAUAAAUGUACUAUGAUGCCAAUCGAAAUAAAAACACAAUUUAUAAAAAAUUUACCAUUUACUAUUAAUCAAAGUAUUUUUGGUUAUUUCAAAUCAAUUAGUGUCAGUUUUCAAUGUUUGUUAGGAAAUGUUCAUGACGUUGUAGUUGGUUAUAAAAACUAUAAUAAUAUUGUUUGUAGUAUAAAAAAGUAUUCGAUUAAAGAUAUUUUAAAAGAUGAUUCUAUUUCAAAAGCUGUACAAAAACGUUGCUGUGAUCUUGCAAAAUAUUUAAAAAAUAUCAAAAUAAUGUUUGAAUCAAAAAAUAACAAAGGCUGUUUUGAAAUUAAAUUAUCAAAUGAAGUAACCUCUAAGUAUUUUAGUGAAAUUCUACCAGAAGUUAAAAAUUUCUUUACAGAAGAAUUUUGUGAAACAUUUUUCUAA